AUGGGAUUGAUAGGAAAACUUUUUGGUGGUGGCAAUAACGUUAAUAUAGAGGAAGAGAUUGAAAAAAAAGGGUUUUCAACUUCAGAUUGUUCUUUCGAUUGUGAUUCGUGCCACUCAAAAUUUCCUUCUUCGGUUUCGGUGGAGGAGAAAGAUCAGUUAUGGAAUUCUACGAAGGAAUACGGGUUGCACAUUGUUGUUGCUAGUGGUAAGACUGACUGGCCGCAUGAUGCGUGUCUGACAGACGGUACAGUAGGAAAUGCAGUUGCUGGUUGGGCAGGACUGUCAAAUAGUAAAUAUCCAGAGUUGGGAGCGUCAUCGACAAUCAAGGUAACUAUGUCAUCUUUGGGGUCGGAAGAAUUACAUACCAAUGAAGAAUACAUCCUGCAAAGAAGGGGGGAUAUUUUGAUAUUGCCGUUCUUUAUUUGGAUCAAGAAUGUUUCAGCGAAGGAAGUGGGCGCAUUGCUUAAUGAGAUGAUGCCAAAACUUAUAGAGUGCAGGGAUAAAAAAUUGGCACCGCCAUCAAAGCUUGAUAAUUUUGACGAUGUAACAAUAGAAGCUGAUGGUUUCCAGUCAUAUAUCUUCUUGUGCUCUCACAAGACGAGAGAUAAGAGAUGUGGUGUAACUGCACCAUUGAUGAAGCGUGAAAUGGAGAUUUAUUUAAGAGAUCUUGGAUUGUACAGGGAUAUCAGUGAUCAUAGACCAGAUGGGGUCAAGGUGGCGUAUAUCAACCACGUAGGGGGUCACAAAUACACUGCUAACGUGUUGAUGUAUUCUAAGACAGGCAAGAAUAUCUGGUUAGCUAGAUGCAGACCACAGAAUGUUAGACCAAUUAUAGACGAAUGUAUUUUAGCUGACGGAAAGGUAUGGCCAGACAAGGUAAGAAUACUUCAGAAAUUUGACCCCAUUGAAUGGUGA